AUGCCUGAAGUAAGCAUUUACGACAUUACCGUCGGCACCUAUAUUGGGGGCGUCACGGUAUUGGUCAACAUCCUUAGGAAGGCAACGCUGCAGCCUGAUGCAGACACGUUUCCAUCGGCUAGCUUGAUUGAAGAUAUGAAACCACUCAGCUUCCAAGUGCAAUCGGUUUCUAAUACUGUCAGUCGUUCGCUGCAGCGCUUGUUGAAGACAGACGUUCAGUCGUGGGAAGACAACGAGACGACCAUGCAGCAGCUUAUCGAGCGCGCGGAGAACACUCUGGCCCUAUUGAAAACCAUGGACCCCAAAAGUCUCGAGGGUACAGAAGAGAACGUUUGUACGGUGGCGGGCGAAGAGAUGACCGGCAAGCAUUUCAUUCUCGCCUUCGCGAUGCCCAACCUCUUCUUCCACUUGCAGACUGCCUAUGCCAUUCUCCGCAUGAAAGGUGUUCCGCUUGGCAAGGAUGACUACCUAGGUCCCUUUCAUCGUCCGUAA